GUACCGUGUACAUCGAUACCAGUGUUAUCGACGGACAUAGAGCCAAACCUAGAUCAAAACGUUGAAUCGAAUCUGUGAUUGUGGGUGAAAUUCGUGAAGACCACGGACUCGCACGUUGGUUCCGGCUUGUUAUGAAGUGCUGCCAUGGCCACCUUGGCUAGUAACAUGGUCUCGCACCCUCACCACUUCUCCAGGACGGUGGAAAGCACAGAUGGUUCCGUUUCGAUGGACUCUAACGAUCAUUUCGAUAGGGAAUCGCCGCAUCUGGACAACAAUAGCUGCAGCAGCGAGGAUACCGUUCUGUCCGUCGGUAACGAGAAUGAGAACACGUUGGUGAAGGAACCCUUGUCCUUCAAGAACAUAGAGAGCCAUCUGAACGCCAUAUCUCAGAUAACUAACAGUACUUUAGAUCCGAAACUGAGCAAAAGUCCCUCUAGUCCUUUAAACUUUAGGUUAAGUCCGACCAGUACCAAAUCGGUGCCAAGUUCACCGACUUACUUGUACCAUGAACGUUCUUCGGAGUUCUUCAGACCUAACUCGUACUCGCCGGGGUCUUUAUCGGGUUCUGAGUCCCACGACAGUGUUAAUCGUAGUCCUAGACCUGUAGAUAACUUUUAUAACCAACAAAAUAACAGUACGAAAACGAAUAACGAUAACGCCACCGGCACAAGUUUGAAGUUUUCGAUAGACAAUAUUCUUAAGGCGGAUUUUGGCAGACGUAUCACAGAUCCGAUCAACAUAAGGAAGUCGAAGCCGAAAAAGGUAGUGCCGGAAGCCUUUGAGGACAGUCUGAAAACCCCGGGACCUGUAGAUUUGUCCAAAAGUGAUAGCGGUGAAAAGAGCGGUUCAGGGUCGGAUGGUUCAAAGCCUCCUAUGAUGUGGCCGGCGUGGGUUUACUGCACGAGAUAUAGCGACAGACCAAGUUCAGGAAGAAGUCCACGUACCAGAAGAAUGAAGAAACCAAGCGCAAAAACCGGACAAACGGCGGAGGAGAAAAGACCAAGAACGGCAUUUUCCGGUGCACAACUAGCCAGGCUAAAGCACGAGUUCGCCGAAAACAGAUACUUGACGGAGAGGCGAAGGCAGCAGCUCAGCUCCGAGCUCGGCCUCAACGAGGCUCAGAUAAAGAUAUGGUUCCAGAACAAGAGAGCUAAAAUCAAGAAGGCUUCUGGUCAGAAGAACCCCCUGGCCUUGCAACUGAUGGCGCAGGGCCUCUACAACCAUUCCACGAUACCGCUGACUAAGGAGGAGGAAGAGCUGCAGGAGAUGCAGAACUCCAAGGGUACAUAGGAAGGUGUAGUGAAGUGAAGAUGCGGUCUCGUUGGGAAUUGUAAGCAGUUCUGUUUUGAGGUUCAAUGAGUAAAGAUUGAUGCUCAAAAAUAUAGUGAUUUUUUCGGAUAGGAUAUCGAUGAGUCGCAGAAUGUCAAAGUCGAAGCUUUAAUUUCAUGAAAGUCAUAAUAUGAUUUCAGCUUUCACGUCGAUUGCCAUUGUUCACAGUAAAUUUUAGUUGGGGAGCCGAAGAGGGAAAUUUGGGAUU